GCCCCCGCCGCCGCCGCGCCCUGCGGGCGGCGGGCAGUUCCCCUGCGCGCUGCCGCCGCGGCCGGGGAAGGCGCUCCCGCCGGGCCCAGCACGGCGGCGGCUGGCGGCGGGGCCGCGCCCGGCGGGGGCGCCCGCUGAGCGGCGGCGAUGCCGGGGGGCCCGGCGCGGCGGGGCGCGCCCACGGGGCCAUGAGGGCCGGCUCCCGCCAUGGCCCAUGGCAGCGCCGCGGUCAUGCUCAAGUGCGUGGUGGUGGGCGACGGCGCCGUGGGCAAGACGUGCCUGCUGAUGAGCUACGCCAACGACGCCUUCCCCGAGGAGUACGUGCCCACCGUCUUCGACCACUACGCAGUCAGCGUCACGGUCGGGGGGAAGCAGUAUCUGCUGGGGCUGUACGACACCGCCGGACAGGAAGACUAUGAUCGUCUGAGACCUUUAUCUUAUCCUAUGACCGAUGUCUUCCUUAUCUGCUUCUCAGUGGUAAACCCUGCUUCAUUUCAAAAUGUGAAGGAAGAGUGGGUACCGGAGUUAAAGGAAUAUGCACCUAAUGUACCCUUUUUAUUAGUAGGAACACAGAUUGAUCUUCGUGAUGACCCAAAAACUCUGGCAAGACUGAAUGAUAUGAAAGAGAAGCCUGUAUCUGUGGAUCAAGGACAGAAGUUAGCAAAAGAGAUAGGAGCCUACUGCUAUGUGGAGUGUUCAGCUUUAACACAGAAAGGACUGAAGACUGUUUUUGAUGAAGCUAUUAUAGCCAUUCUAACUCCAAAGAAACACACAGUGAAGAAGAGAAUAGGCUCAAGAUGCAUAAACUGCUGUUUGAUCACGUGAGAUACAUUUGACAAUGGCCAGGCUUACUGUGAAAUUCUACUGACUUUAAAUACAGUGCAUUAAGUACACAGCGAACUUGUUACAGGUUUGAAAGCUAAAACUAUGAUUCUGCCUUCUGCAACCAGUGAAAUCCAGAGGAAUAAAAUCAAACUCAAUGAACUUGUAAUAAGAAACCGCCACAUCUGUUGAAAUAUUUUAUUCAGACUGGAAGGUAUAAUCUCUCAGGGUUACAUAGUCUACAGAAAGCAACAACUGCACCAUGUUGAAACAGCAUCCGUGUGAUGCUAUUGAGUGGAGACGCUUGGCCCGAAAUAUUCAAAAUGAAUUUGGAUAGUCUUUUGCUUUGACUAUAGGUACAUAUAUAUAUAUAAAAAAAUAUAUCUCUAUAAAACUUUUGCACAGUCUGUAUGGAAUCUGCACAAAGAAAUACCUUGUCUCUCUUUGCUCCAGUUAUCUGCUUUUAUAUGUAAGCAGCUUCCGGUUCCAAUGUAUCCACAAAGGUGCAAUAAUCAGACCAGCCGUAUAGCCAAAGGUAGCUCCGAGGGAACAGGAAAUGGGCCAUACCUGAGGAUAGCAUACCAGGUAAAAGCAGACAAUGAGAAAAACGUUUGUGUUUUUUUUGUACUUCGUGAGCACAAGUUCUCAGUGUAAUCUAGAUACUGAAGACGACAGAGUCUUAUUCUACUUUAAAGCUUGACAUGCUUUCCUAAAAAUGCCAAAAGUGUAACAAUCAUACGUACAUCAUCAUGAACACUAAAUGCUGUUAUACAGUUUUUAAUUAAUGUGCAUUAAAAUGUAACCAGGCUUCUGGCUAUUGCAGACUUUAGUUUGAUACUCCCAAAACUAUGUGAACUACUUAAGUGUAUAUUUCCUGGAGAGUUCAGCUAGAUUUACUGAAAAUCUAACUUCCCAUUCUGCUGCACACAUUUGGAAACUAGAGAUCUCUUUGUAAAUUCUUCUUCCACCCUCCCAUGGCAUUCUGAAAUUGUUAGAGCUGUGUAUAAAUGAACCAAUUUUCAAAUAAGACCAUGUACUGAGAUAGAAAUAGAGAUUUUUUUCCUUUUGGUCUUGAAAAGUAGGCAAAGGGAUGAAUUCCCCUCUGGCUAGCAGUAGGAAGGGAAUAUAAGUUUGGAAACUGACUGAACUAUCUUGCACCCCAUUCAGCAAACACUUAGUAAGCCAAUUAUGUUGAAGACUCCAAGAAGGAUUCAUUUCCUAGUAUAAGGACAGGGAACUGACUCAAUAUAGACGACUUGCUUUCACAAAGCCUCUAGCAUUGAGGCAAAGAAUUAAUGGGAUUUCCCCCAUCCAACUUUUUAAAUUAGUGCUGAUUUUCAGGGAGGAGGGAUUGAAAAGAACUUUAACUAGUCUGUCCUCAGAUGUGGCAGACAUUACUAGUCAACUAUAUAUUGCAUUCAAUGAAGUCCCAGCUCAGUUGGCAAUUAAAACUGUUUAUUGCAGAAUAAACUGUGUUCCCAUCACUCCUCAAAAUUCUCUUUUACAUAUUCUUUUUUCCAAGGACAGUUUUACAGCUCCUGCUGUUCAGUGCAUUUUCCUGAAGCAAAUAUGCUCACCUUUCUUCCUUUUUUCCCCCUGUUUUUAGUAAGGGAAUGUUCCCACCUUCUGCAGUCCUUAAGGGGACUGAGAAAUGCACUAGACAUUAAAGAAAAUAUCCACAUCUCAGUGUCCAGCCUUCUUCUCUACUUCCUUUUAAUUUACAGUUCAUGAGUAUCAAAUCAACUUACUCUAAAUGGUACUUUCCCUCCUUUCACUCAUUUUUCUAGCUCUGAUUCCUCUCUUCACUUCAUUAUGGCUUGGAGAAGUAUAUUUCUUCAUAUCCUUUGAUCAUAGGAAUUUUAACUAGGAGUUAGAGUAACUUUUUUUUGUCCUUUGCUGUUUUGUCUUCACAUUCCUUAGCAUUUGCAGUUUUAUGUUUUUUGGAGGUCUUAAGGAGUGUAGCAAAGAUGACUAUAAACAAGGUGCCUUAGGUACUCUUUAUUGACCUUGUUUCAUUCUUCUAUUUUUGGCCAUUGCAUUUCUGCUAUUUGUGUUUGUUGCAGAAUAUUUUGGCUGUUGCCUGUCAAACCAAAGACUUGUUCGUUUUCAUUCAUUUAACAGUGUCAUUAUAGAUCUUCUAUAAAAAGCCUUGCGAUAUUUAAGCAUGAUAAGAUACUGUGCAUAUUUAAAACUCACUUGAGUUUGUGGCCUUGGCUAAACUUAUGCUUCAGGUGGAUCUUUUCAACUUUUAAAUGAAAUGUAAUCAAGUUAUUUCUAGUCUUUUGCAGGCCAUUACAUAUGUCUAAAGGACAAAACAACAAAAAAGCCCCUGCAGAGAUAGGAUGUUUACCUUCGCUAUGAAAGCUGCUCACUCAGUAACAUUUAAUUGAAACAUAAUUCAUGUUUUCCUAUCCACUGGUGAAAUCAAAUACCUCUUUAAUAACCACAGAACUAUUGACAAAGGCUUCAUGACUUAGCAAUCUAGCAAUCUUUUUUUUCUUUUGCAUCAAGUUCACUAUCUGUGACUGAUCAAUAAUCCUUCAUUAAAUUUUACCUACAUUAGGUGAAUCUGUAGUUGCCUAUCUGCUUUUCAGAAGUAUAGCUUGAUAUUGCUAGGACUGUUUGAAUCUUUUGUGUUCCUUUAGCUAAUAAAUCAAUAUCCCUGAUAAUCCCAUAGCCCCUUUGUCUUUUGGUAUUUUGUGUAUAGUGGGCCAUUGUUGGUAUGAUUAAAAGUAUCUCUGAUAAUUGUUGUAGCUUAUUCCUCCUGACUGAACUACAACUUGGGAGUAUAGUUUCUGAAUAGUUCUCCUGAAUUAUAUAACUUUUUUAUAUUAACAGUGCCUCUGUCUGCCUUCCAAAGCAUUCAGUUCUUGCUUCUCUUUUUAAAACCAGUAUUAACUCACAGAAGUUUCAGACUCUGUCACUCAACACAUGACCCUCUGACCUCUGAAAUCCACCCCUCACCAAUGGCGGCUGGCAGAGAUAAGGGGCAAAGGAGAGAAAUCAUACAUCUUGUCUCACUGACUAUAAAAGAGGCAAGAAACACUACUCAUCUCUUCUAGUGGCACAGAAAGGAAGGGUACUAGGCCAUGUACUCAGUCUUACUAUAUUGCUCAGAUGGCCCAGAGCAGUUCUGAAGGCAGUUUAAUUAGCCUUCUGAGGCCAGUUGGCCCUCCCUAAGCACAGGGGUUAAAACCCUGGAUUUAAGAGAGUUGUUAUCCUUAUGCUAUUUUCCUCUAACCCUCAAGGAAGGGCAGAACCCCCUGAAGGUAGUGGUAUGAGCUUUACACCUUUCACUCUUGACUGCUGGAAUGGCCUUCAGGCUGCGUAUAGCCAGAUGCACCCAAAGGUGUGUCUAAAGCAGCAAGUUACCAAAGGGCAGACUAAGAUGUGGCACAUCAGCUGCACUGAAAUAAGAGUCCUUGUGUAUGCUUUUUACUCUGUAGUAAAUGCAGUGUAACUUGUCCAUCAAUGAAAUGGGGCUGCUUUAUUUUGCAUUAGCUUCUGGCCUUAUUUUCUGAGAUCCAAUAACUCUCUGCUUGACCUUUUAAAAUUGACUUAUUGGUCAAGUUUUGCCCUGUUUUCUGUAUUACAUCUUAAAUUUGGUUUGGCCUCCCUGACUCUGUACUAACUGCCUCUGACUAAAUGAUAAAAUCUAAAUGGCUACUACCCAUCUGCCUAUUCAACAAGAUUCCAUUCCACAUGUUUAAAGUAUGCAAUUCGUAAUCCAUACCUUUCACCCUUUGAGAACUACACAGCUCAAUUUCUCCUACUUCAUGCUCCCUUCUGCCACCAAGGGAACUGACACUUCUACCCCAUCACUGAUGCCACAUUUAGGCUGGGUCAGCAGCAGGUAUAUAAGGUACUAAGCAGCAUCCCUAACUGUACUUUUUUGAGGUGGAAGGAGGUUGUUUUUGGAGAGAAGAGUGUGGGGAGCAAGGAGGACAGGACAGAACAUUCUUCAGAAAACUACUGUGAACUGCCUUGUCUAUUCCAGCAGCUGGGAAGCAUCACCUAGCACCCUGACAGUCUGAUGUGAAAACAGUCAGUUUACAUGUCAAAUGCAUGUGGAAAAAGGCCAAUUCUAACAAUAUGUGUAUCAUUACUAGCAAUCUGAAUAGUUGCUUGGGAAAAACAAAUGUUCACAUACACACUUAACAAGCACAAAAAUUGCAUUCUAAGGGAUGAAGCAUGGGCCAGCGGUUAAUGCAAAACAAUUUCGACUUCUAUUUGCUUCAAGGAACAAUUUUCUUUGCACCUGUUUUUUUGGUUUUUUUUCUUCUUCUUCCAUCUGGCUGUGGUGAUAGUAUUUAACAGGGAUUUCAUUAGGCUAGCUGAAUAGGCACUACAGAACUGCAAAGCUUCUAAUAUAAACUGGAACUUAUUUUAAGAAAAAGGUCUCCAAGCAGGAAUGCCAGCCUUUCAGGACACAAAUGAGCUAGGCUGCCAAGUGUCCUUUGGAACGCCAGCUGUGAGAAUGCUCAGCAUCUUGCAUGGACAGCAGAGCAUGCUGCAGGAUCACAGCAAAGUAUCUAGCUCUGCAGUACUAUGCACCUAGUUAGUUAAAUCAGAAUUCUGACUGCAUGAUAGUUUUGCCCUCUGUUACAAAUGUGCAACUUAAAUCUCAUGCAAUGGGAAUUGCAUAUACAUAGAUAAGGAUAUAAAGGCCAGAUUCUUAUAGGCCAAAGCUGACAGCAACACCCUAGUGAAGUUGUUUAACAUUAUAUAAAGGAUACAGCUGACUGCUGGAAGUUUAAUAAUAUACAUGCAAAUAUAGUGGGGCAAUCUACUGUACUUGUUUUUUAGUAAAUUCGUUCCAUUCUCUAGAUGAGUGCUCUUCUCAUACUCCUGAACUGUGAUUUUUUUUGUGUGCUUACUAUUUCAAAAGAUCCAUUUCUGUCAAUUAAAAAGCUAUGUAAGACCUUUAGUAAGUUUCCUUUAAAAACUGAAUAAAUGAGCACAAUUACUUUCCCUCCCAGUUUCUAACAUGCCUUAAAUUCUUGAUUGUUUAAUCCAUAGUGUCUUAAAAAUGUCACUACAUGCCUUUAAUCUAUUUCGGUUGCAUGCAUAUUUAACUAGAAGGGUCUUAUCACACUGUACAGAAUGUGUGCGUUGACAAGCACAUGCUGAGGAGAGGAAAGUGUGAGUUUUUUCAGGCUGGCAUUUGUAACUAGAAGUUGUUUUGGGGGGUUUGCGUUCUAAAGUCAUAGAAAGCGUAACUGGCUUUGAUCUCACCAUUAAAGGUUUACAUGAAGAAAACAUACCAUUAAAUAAACAAUGAUGACCCCACUGAAGUGGAACAAGCCUCUACCUCUGUUUAAAAGAACACUGGAUACUACCCUGUCUGCUCACAUAAGGCAAUUGCCUUAACAACAGAACUUUUACAGUAGGUAAUAUAUCCAGAAGCAAGUACAAGAGUGAAACCCUCCAACCUCUAUUAAGAGUAGCAAGGCAGUGCAAGAAUUUGUAGUUGUGUUUCAGCUCCUUCAAAUGACUAACAACUGUACCCAGGAUUCUCCACAGAUGCUUUUUCAGGUUACAAAUGUUUGUGAGGUAUCUAGGCUAAUAUUUACAGUCACGUUGGCUAAAUUACAUGGUAGUCAAUCAACUCACUUGUGUAAAAUCAACACUACAUGCUAUGUUUUAAGCAUAUAGUAUAAAGUAGAAACAGAUGCUUUGAUUUCACUUUUACUUAGUGAUACGAAAACACCUUAGGCAUAAUAUUGUUUCAAAGUCACUUUUUAAUCAGUACUAACAGUUACUAUAGAUCAAAACUACACCACGGAAAAAACACAGGGGCACGUGUGUGUAUGCGUGUGUGUGCGUGUGCGUACACAACGUGAACACAGGAAGAUGUUUUAAGAAUCUUGUAUCAAAAUAUGCAAUCAAACCAGGAACUUCACUCUUUCUAAAGUUCAGUUUUUGUCAAAGAGGAAUGGGAUGUCUGGAAUACUAGUUCUAUAGCAUACAAAGCAUGCUGAUAAGGUUUUAGUCUUUAAUUAUACCAUCUUGUUCUGCAACUAAAUUAUCUCAAGCUACGCAAAGAGAGGAUGUGUCACAAUGCAUCUAGUAACACCUAAAUGAUUUCAUUCUGCUUCUGUGAUGUCAGUACAGUAGUGCUUUAUGGUGCCAAUUCUCAGAUGACACAUGAAGCUAAGAUCCUAAUAAUGUGCAGUUAUUAAAAGUACAACAUCAACUUGAAACAGUCUGAAAAGUUACCUAUUUUUGAGUGGUUCACACGACCUUCUUUAGUAAAGCACACUUUUUCCAUUUCAGAUGUCUCCUUCCCCUCUUCCUUUACAAGACUACCAGACAUACAAAUCUGAUUCUAAAGAUUCCAUAGCACUUUUUUUGAGCACAGAUUGAUUCAAAUGCUAAUAUUUACAAAGUGCAAUGUUAAUUUGCCCAUGUUCUAACUGUUAUUUCAUCCAUGUUCUGGGUAGCCUGUCAUGUCUGUGCAGCACUACUAGUGUUAGCAGUGACCAUGUUCCACCUUCUCGGUGACAGUACUUGCACAGAGGGUAAAGUUUCCCCUCACUGAUUUCAGGAUAGUUUUAUGAGCUCCACAGUAAUUAAGUAGUGUUUUGUAAAGCACCUAUAGAGAGCGAGAGUGUGCGUGUGUGUUUCUGAAGACUGUGAGCAACUGUAGCAAAGGAAACUAUUUCCUAUUUCUUUGCUAGAACUGUCCUAACUAAUCCUAACCCUUACAUUGCCACUACAUAUCAGAGGGCUGGAGGCAACAAGACAUGCAUGCACGAUCCUUUAAGUCCUUUGAACAACAUCUAGGAUAGCCUAAUUUAAAUGAUAACAAUUAAGUCUCACAAAACUAUUUUUAAAAUUAAGAAUUUGAUAGUAAUCUCAAGACAUUUGUAAAUCCUUAUUCUACAACUGACAACUGUAGUAAGCUGAAACAUGUCCUGUAGAGGAUGUCUUGAAAAGUAUUUUGUUUUUUACAGUAAUGUAACCUUAAUGUAGAAACUAACUUGCUUGCAUUCUUGGCAACUAUUUUUACAUCUUUACCUUUGCCUCAGAUAGGUAUGCAGAAUUACACCUAUAACAGUAAGAACUGCAGAUUGAGUAGGUCUACUUAAACUGUUUUGCAUAGUUACAAAAGCCAAAUUAUAUAUAAAAUUUACUUCUCUUUAAAGAUCAAUGGAAUAAUGAAGCACAAUCAAUCAUCAGGAUACCAACCAACUUUCAGUAAUAUAUAUUUCUAACAAAAAUGCUUUAUAUUUCAUUUCCAUUUUGAAGCAUUAUUCAGACAAUGAAUAUCAUUUUGUUUCCAAAACAAUAUUCUGUUCCUAUUAAGUUUUAUUUAGAGUAAAAGUUGCUGUAUGCUAAGAAAAAGAAUGCAUUUUACAUUAUUAUUUUUAAAUGUAGACAGGCCCACUAGUCUGAAUAUCCCCUGUAUGAAAUAUAUUUUUCAAAAUAUAAACAUGGAAAAUAAAAUUUUUCUGAGACA